AUGUGGUCGCGCUGGACGGGCCUCGCGCUCGUGCUACGGACGGCAGCAGCCGAAGCGUUCGUAGCCUCUCCUGCACCCGAGUGCGCCUGGUGCGAGGCCGGCAACGACGCGUGCAACCACAGCUACGCGGCCUACGAGCUGGACCUCGUCGAGACGUCCAUCAGCGGCGCCGUCGGCGGCCGCAGAUUCCCGCUCUGGCGCCCGGCGUACCAGCCGCCCUUUGGCGCGCCGUCGCCGGCGACGCUCGCCGUCGUCGUCCACCACGGCGCGCUGCGCAACGGCGACGCCUACUGCGCGCAUGUCGCCAACGCGGUCCUGGCCACGGACCGCGACCCCGCGUCGGUCCUCGUCGUGUGCCCGCAGAUCUACGAGGCCGGCGACGCGGGCCUCGACGAGGCGACGAUGCUCUGGUGGGGCGCGAGCGCCGACGACGGCGUCGAGCCCGACCGCGGCGAGCGCGACUGGCAUUGGGGCGGCAACUCGACGGCCGAGCUCGGCGCGUCGCUCUCGUCGUUCUCCGUCCUCGACGAGAUCAUCGAGGCGCUCGAGGCGGCCCACCCGGCCCUCGAAAGGGUCGUCGUCGCGGGCCACUCCGCGGGCGGGCAGAUCGCGAUGCGCUACGCGCUCUUCUCGCGGCUCGAGACGCGGCUCGCGGUCGAGUACUUCGUGGCGAACCCGUCGUCCGUGACCUACCUGAACGCGUCGCGCCCGGCGCUGCCGCCGCAGCGCUGCUGCGACAACGCGACGAUCGCCUCGACCUCCUACGCGUUCGCCGCGCCCGGCGGCCGCUGCGCCGACUACGACGCCUACGGCUACGGCCUCGCCGGCCCGCUGCCGGACUACGCCGCGGCGACGGGCGCCGCGUCUGCGAUCGACGCCUACGGCCGCCGGACGGUCGUCUACGUCUCGGGCGCCGCCGACGUCUGCGACGCGCGCUACGCGGCGCGCGCGCGGUGCGCCGCCUGCGUCGUCGACGACGGCGGGCUCGACACGUCCUGCGAGGCCUACGCCCAGGGCUGGUGCCGCAUGGAGCGGCUCCACGCGUUCGCGCAGUUCGUCACCGCGUUCUACGGCGGCGACGUCCACGCGCUCGUGUCCGUCCCGGACGUCGGCCACAGCGGCUGCGGUAUCUUCCAGUCGCGCGAGUUCGCGCGCGCGGCGCGGCUCCUAGGGUGA